CUUUGGUCCACUCGCCCGCGUAGCCCGUGUUGUAGUACGUCAUUUGGUUUGUGUAGCGUGUCAUAGUGGUUUUACAGAAACUAUUCGUGAAAUAGGUCAAGGAAUAUGGAGCAGCUUUGCGGUAUAUGUAGUUAAUAACUUUGAUAAGAUUACAUGAUAUAUAGAAGAAUAAUGUAUAUGAUUAUCAUUAUUCGAGUUGAUUAAAUGGUUAUGUGCAGAACUUAAAAUUCUGUGGAGUUCUAAUAGUGCCAGCAUUCCUACAAGAUAUAGCUGGGUAUACAAAAGUGCCAACUUAAUGGCGUAAAUGGGCGUAAUAUGGCCGAUAAGUUGGGCUUAGGGCCAGAAGUGCGCCAGUUGAAGCUCGGACCGAGCUUUAGCAGCACGAAAGGAAGUUCUUUCCACACUUUACGAUAUGACUUCAAACCUGCAAGUGUUGAUGUUAGCAAGGUUGCAACGGUUGAUGUUGGAUCAAAUCAACAAGUGACAGUAACUGUUCCACAUCUUGAUGGAGCUGGAACACCACAUACUGUGUUCAAGGGUUCGCAGCGUCCAUAUCAGAAAGAAUGUGUUCUUAUUAUCGAUAGAGUGACAGGAGAGAUUACACUAGAGAAACUGAGUUCUAAUAUCCAAGUUAAGAAAACAAGAAUGGAGUCUGCCCCAAAGUUGGCACCACCUUCAUCCUCACGCCCUUUGACUCCAGUGGACUCAGUAAAUUCUCAUGGCAAGAACAAAUUACCAUCUCCUCAGCAUCGUUCUAAUAAGAAGAAAACUUCUCCCAAACCUAAUCACUUCGCCUCCUCCUUGGGGUGUAUUCCACGGCACUCUCCUCUGCAUGCAUCCCCUUCAUACCCCUCAUCCAGGUCCCCUCCUCGGUGCCUACAGUCUCAACAUAAAUCACCACCUUCACUGCCUGCAAGCCUUCCAGUAAUUGGCCUUGAUGACUCAGAUCUAGGAUUUGGAAGUUCAUACAUGCCUUCUCAGCAACAACAGCAGUCACUUAUCCCUCCUAGAGUGUCUCCAGAGUACAUUCACACUGCAGAUGAUGAUGGCGUAAUGCCACCUGCAGACGAGAUUGGAAUCUUGUCUGAGACAUCCUCAUCGGACUCCAGUGAUUCAUCAGGGAGUGAGAGUGAACUUGAUACUCAGCCAAGCAACAGUACUGUUACAGCAAAUGGUCAUAUGAAUGGGACAGCAUCUCCAUCCCUCUCUAUGCCAGAUCAUCUCCUAACAGAAGACCUGCAGCUGUCUGAGUCAGGAUCUGAGAGCGACUAGCUAUUGAAUGCAUGGUGGAGGUUGAAGUAAUGUGUGCUCAGUUGGUCCCAACUGACAAGGCUCAUCCCUAUCUCCAGACAACUUAGUACUUGUUAUGUCCUAUCCAGUAGACACAAAGGCUUUCUGAUAUAAGAACUUACAUUGCCAGACUAUUCAGCAACAUUGCUUCCAUUGCGUUAUUUCAAAUGCUGUAAGUCAGAGACCCAAACCCACAUCUAACAGAAUGCAUACUUAUGUAUUUAACAAAGAAAAAAUAUAUUUGAAUCAGAAGUAAUAAUUGGCAAUUUUCAGUAAAAUAUGGAAUUCCAUAAGAAUAUAUCAGUAUUUAUAAGAUAAUAAUAUUGGAGAUUGUAAGUUGAUGUAAAAUAACAGUGUACUUAACAUUUUAAAAACUGAAGUUUCAUGUGCGGAUGAAAAUUUUUAUUGUUUUUUAUUUCUUUUAUAUGUUAGUUGUUUUCCUAUCUUCUAAACACUGAGGAUAGGGUUAUAUUUAUAUAUUGCUUGUGGCAGAAUGUGCAUAUCUGUAUUAUGUACACUGAGACCACAGCUGCAGUCUGCCACAAGCUUUGAGUUUAUGAGGGCCAGAGCUGUAAUUACUCAUAGCUGGGGUUUACAGGUUCCAGCUCGACUCCUCCCAAAUUGUCAGACAUUACAUGAAGGAUUAAGGGGAGGUGGUAAGAUAGUUGGGGUCUAAAAUAGGUUGUUUUUUUUUUUAUUUUGGUAGUCGGAAGUUUGAUUUAUGAUAAUGCAGUGUGUUUUUUUUUUUUUUCAGUUUUCAUACAGUGGCAUUAAAAACCAAUGUAAUUAAAUAUCAAGUGACAGUAUGCCUCCAAUUCAGUUAUACAUCUUCUAAUGAAACUUGGGUAUUUUAUUAGUCAAUGGGCUCAAGGGAUUUUCCACACUGAGUAGAGAGAUGUCUGCAGUGAUAGGACUGUUGAUUUACCUUCAUUUGAUUUUCUUGGUACCAAGGAUACAUUUUAACUUUUCAUCAAUCUCCUGGACAUAUCUUUUAUAGACAUAUGAGAUUUUUUCUCAGAAAUUGUAUGUUAUAGAUGCAUGAAAUAUAUGUCAGGAAUUAUAUUGUU